AUGACGGGCAAGUGGAUCAGUGAGGCACGCAGACUGAGCACCAUCUCCGAGCAAGAAUCAGACAAGCCGGACCUUGAUUCCACCUCCCAUGAUGCCCUGGUUGGUAGUGAAUGGGGUGGAUCCAGUUUCUCAAUGUGUUCUGACAAGUUUAAGAACAACAGUAGUCAUUUCUCUUCUGAUGACUCAUACCAGCCAGACACUGGAGAUGACUGCGCAGGACUUCUGCUCGCUUGUCUGUAUUGUCGUUUCUAUGAGUUACUGGUCCUGCUACGGGAUUCAUGUGAGAGGGCUGUGAGCCGUUGUUUCCCCUCAUUCAAAUACAUCAAGGCGUCCAGUGAGAAGGACCAGCAGGGACUGGACUGCUGGAGCUGCAAACUGGAACUGGACUGUCAUCUCUGCGGCUCUUCUUGUAAGGAUACAGCAGAACUUCUAGAGCUGGCUAUGGAGAUGUCAGAGGUGUGCCAUCGCUGA